UCCCUCUCUCUCUCCACACUCCAGCAGACCAAACAACGACUGUUUUCAGCACCCUUCUGUUAUAUAUUGUUCAGUCCUUUUUAUUUCAUCAAAAAAAGAAAGAAAGAAAGAAAGAAUUGCUGGAAUUUUUUUUUUGCUUAAUUGCCUAACAAUUUCUGCGGCAUGCAAAUAAGGAAUAACGAGUAGUUAUAAGCUUGAAUUGUGUUGUGAAGGAGAUAGAGAUCGUGGACAGUCAUAUACUACGUCGAGGGGUUUAAGGUUUUUUUUUGUAGUGUUUUUCUGUUUUUUGGGAAUGCUAGCUGUGUCGCCUUUGAGGAGCUCGACGACGACGACCGGGAAAGAUGAGCGUGGCGGCGAGAUGGAGGGUUUUCCGAUGGGAUGCCACGACGAUUUCCCGGACUUUACCGGCGGGAACUUGCUGGACAGCAUCGAUUUCGACGACCUCUUCGUGGGGAUCCACGACGGCGACGUGCUGCCGGAUUUGGAGAUGGACCCGGAGGUUCUUGCGGAGUUCUCAAUCAGCGCCGGCGAGGAAUAUUCCGACGCCACCACCACCAGCACAAAUGCCACCGCUACUUCCGUGUUAAGCAGCGAGAAUCAGGCAUGCGCAGAAGAUAAAACGUCGUCGUUGUCGUCGAAGCAAGAAGCUGAGAAUAACUUGGGUUCGUCUAAUUCGGGUUCGGACCUCGGGUCCGGCCUCACAAGCGUGAAUCAAGGGGAAGAAAUUUUGAGCAAACGCGACGAAAAUACGAAUCCGUCGCCUAAAGAGAAUUAUGAUAAUAAUAAAGGGAAGAAAUCCUCGGCGCAAUCCAAGAAUAAUCCGCAAGGAAAACGGAAGGUUAAGGUGGAUUGGACUCCCGAGCUGCACAGAAGAUUUGUACAAGCAGUGGAGCAAUUGGGUGUGGAUAAGGCAGUCCCUUCAAGGAUUUUGGAGCUUAUGGGAAUUGAUUGUCUCACUCGUCAUAACAUUGCCAGUCAUCUUCAAAAAUAUAGAUCUCACCGGAAACAUUUACUGGCGAGGGAAGCGGAGGCGGCGAACUGGAGCCAGAGGCGGCAAAUGUACGGUGGGGCUGCGGCGGGGGGCGGCGGAGGAGGGGGAGGGAAGAGAGAGAUGAGCCCUUGGCUGGCACCCACCAUGGGGUUUCCUCCUCCCAUGCCACAUUUCAGACCUUUACACGUGUGGGGGCAUCCAUCUGUCGACCAAUCCUUGAUGCACAUGUGGCCUAAGCAUCAUCAGCUAGCGGCUUCAACGUCUCCCCCGGCGGCGGCGUGGACGCCGGCGGCCCCUCCUCCUCCGCCGCCGUUAACUGACCCUUCUUUUUGGCACUCCCACCAUCAGCGUGUUGCAACUCCUUGCUUUCCGGCACCUAUAGCACCAGCGAGAUUUCCAGCUCCUCCUGUACCCGGAAUCCCACCACCUGCCAUGUAUAAACUUGACCCCGGUAUUGGUGUCCCGACCGCCCCCACCGCCGCUGCCCAACCUCUCCCUACACCUCCUUUUGAUUUUCACCCGUCGAAGGAGAGUAUAGACGCGGCUAUAGGAGAUGUUUUAUCGAAGCCAUGGCUGCCGCUUCCGCUAGGGCUGAAACCUCCGUCCACGGACACCGUGAUGGUGGAGUUGCAGCGUCAAGGGAUAUCCAAAGUGCCGCCGAGUUGCGCUUAAUUAACCGGCCGGAGCACGGUGCUGGAGGCUGUUUUUUUUAAGGGUUUUCCGGCCAGAGAAUCAUAAAAGCCCUUUCAAUUUGACGACAUUUCGUGAACUUUAAUUAGAUGAAAACGUAGGAUUCGACAUCUAUAUAUGUAUCGAUCCAUUUCAUCGUAUCUGCAUGAGCUGCUGCAGUUUUUUUUUUUUUUUCUCCAGAUUUUUGCCUUGUUCUUGUUUAUGCAUGCAUGCGCAAGAACAUUGUUCAUCCAUGGGGGUUGUAUAUGGACUAUAUAAUCUUAUUAUAUAUGCAUCUCUUCGUCCAUGUGAGAAUAUAUAAUCUAGCAAUGAUAACAGCUUUUUCACCC